AAGGCAAUCAAAGAGUACAUGAUACAUGUACAAUCCCCUCUAGUAGGUCCUAAACAAAGAUAAUCUGGAUCACAAAUCUCAAACUGAGGAUACCAUACCAUACUCUACCACGUACAGAUCUCUGUCUGUCUCUACUUUCUCUCUGUCCUUCUCUCUCACCAAACCUCAACUUUCCCCUUCUUUCAGGCCUCCCCCUCUAUAUAAGCUGCCAAUCAUGCAUCCUUGGCAACAAAGCCAAAAACCCAAGAAAGGAGACACUGAUCAUUCUUGCCAUAUAUUCUACCAUAUAUACAUACAUAUACACACAAUUUCUGUAUAUAUUUCUUGCUAACCAUUGUUGCUGCUAGUUGCUUCUUCUUCUUCUCCUCUACCUUGUCAUCGUCCGUAGUAGAAGUAAUCAAGAAUUCAAGAUUCUCAUUGGCUGCUGCUGCCAUGAAGGAACGCCGCGGCAGCGCCGGCGUCUUCCCCUUCUCCAUCGGCUGCAUGUCGCAGUCCGCCGUCGACGUCGCCGACCCGCACGACAAGAAGUCGACGACGACGACGCAGAACGACCCUUCCUCCUCCUCCGCCUCCGCCGCCGCCAUGGCCGCCGCCGCACAGAGCGCGGAGGAAGAAGGCGGCGGCGAGAAGGUGAAAGGCGCCACGGCGGCGGCGGCGGCGGCGGUGGCGUCCUCUGGCAUCGUGGCCACCGGCGUGCAGCGGCUGAUCAAGGGGAUCAAGAGCCUGUCCCAGAUUUUCGCCAUGUACGACGACGAGGAGGAAGACGAAGAGGAGAGGGAGAUGGUGAUCGGGUACCCGACCGACGUGCAGCACGUCGGCCACAUCGGGUGGGACGGCAUGAACAAGGUCGGAGGCAUGGUGAACGCCUUCUCCCUCCCAUCCUCCCUCUCCCUCCGACAGCUCGAGAUGGCCAUGGAAGCAGCUCAUGCCUGAACUGAACACACACUGCAACUCUGAAUUCUCAGUCUCCUCUCCUUGCUGGCUUGCUGCAGUAUUAGCUAGCAAAAGAAAAGCAUUAUUACUGCUGCAUCAUGAAUCCAUGCAUGCAUGCAACUGAUGAAUGAUUAACAACAUGCAGGCAUGGGGUAGUGCUCUUGAUUUGAUUUGCAUAUUGAUUAGUAGUUUCCAUGUGGCUGUGUUGAACAUCAUUUCAAUUCUCUGAAUGAAUUGGUACUACAUGCAUGCAUGCAUGGCUGUGUUUCCUUCUUCUUCUUUUUUUUUUUUUGGUUUGGCCUUCAAUUCAUUUGGUUGGGCAUCAACGUGUUCAGUAGUGUGUACAUAGUUACAUGGGCAUGUGAACCUGUACAAAUUGUCAUCAACGAUAUUGACAGUGCUUGCUAUCUGUAAUAAUCUCUACAUGUGAGCUUCAUAAUCUUCUUCUUUUGUUCUCUCUCCCCUUUUCUUCUAGCUCUCUGCUGCUUUCUGUUAGCAUGUGAUCCUAGGGAUUAACUGUUCUUGUGUAAUUGUCUUGUCAGUAGCUAGCUCCUGAUGGUAAUAAAUUUGCUGCUAGAAACACCA